AUGACUAUAACUCCACGUACAUCAACUCCAAAUCACUCUCUCUCCCUCACCAAUCUUGAUGAUGCAAUGUACAUGAGGAUUUCUCCCUAUUACCUGUGUUUCUUCAAGAAAUCUUUGGAGAUGGAUUCCUUAAAGUCUUCCUUAUCAAGAGUUUUAGUGGAUUAUUACCCUUUAGCUGGGAGGUUAAGGAAAAGCACCGAGGAUGAGAACAAGUUGGUGAUAGAUUGCAAUGGAGAAGGUGUUUUGUUUGUUGAAGCUUCAAUGGAUAUUACGAUUGAAGAAUUACUCACUUCUUCUAUGAUACCUAAUAGCUCAUGGAACAAGCUCCAUAAUGUGAAAGUUCAAAAUCUAAUAGAUAUUCCUCCUCUUAUAAUCCAGGUGACUAAUCUUCGUUGUGGGGGAAUGAUCUUGUGCGCAUCGAUCAGUCAUAGCUUGUGUGAUGGUAUUGGCGCUUCACAAUUUUUGAAUGCUUGGUCUGAGCUUACUAGAAAACCCUUUAGCAAAAUCCCCGCAAGUAAAAUUCCCUCACCAAAUAUACACAAAAAUCUAACACAUUUCAAUCUUGAAUCAUCUGUCACCAUGCUAUUCAACUUUGGGGAAAACGAGAUUCUAUGCUUAAAGAAACAAUGUAUCACAAUACCAUUCAAACACAUCACAAGCUUCGAAGCUAUAGCAGCACACAUUUGGCGCUCAAGGGUUAAAGCAUGUAAGUUGCCUUCAUCUUGUAUUGUGAAGCUUAUUUUUCCUAUUGAUUUUCGAAAGAAGAUGAAAAUUCCAAAAGGGUACUAUGGGAAUGGAAUUGUGCUGGCUUGUGCAAAGAGCACUGUUAAGGAUUUAGUGGUUGCUAAUAACCUAGACCAUUGUGUGGAGCUUGUGCAACAAGCCAAAGCUAAUGUGAAUGAGGAGUAUGUUAAGUCAGUUAUUGCUAUACAUAAGGACAAAACAAUAAAGCUUGAUAGUUCUAUAAUUUUGAGAAUAACUCAAUGGAGCAAAUUAGGAUUGAUAUAUAUUGAUUUUGGAGAAGGGAAACCUUUGUAUGUGGGUUCUUUGAAUAUGAAAUAUUGGUGCAUGUUUUUGCCGGUUAUUGGUGAUUCUAAUGCAGUUAGAGUGAUUUUAUCAGUGCCUGAGAAUAUUAUGGAAAUGUUUCACCAUUACGUGACUGAUAUAAAGAGUUGGAGAGAAGAAGCAUAAGAAGCUAGAUGGUGAAGUUAAUU